UUUGGCAAAGUCAAAUUUAGACAUGGUAACCAUAUAUCGUCAUUCGUAGACUGACAUAAUUGUGUUAAUAACGGAUUGGUUGGAAUUAAAAGGAUAAAAACUGUUGAUAGCCACAACAACAAGAACAAGAAUAUAUUCACAAUUUGUGACGCUAAUCUCAUACUGAAAUACAUGAAAUGGCAAAAAGUUACAUGACACUUAAACAAAAUAUCGAAAGAGAAAACUGGAUUGAAACUUGUUUUGGUUUAGACUUUGUCAGAAAAGCGCUUGUUCCCUUUGUUAUAUCAAAAUUGAAAGAACGGCAUACGCUUGUUCUAAGAAGUGCUGGAACAAAUAAUGCAUGUCAAGGAUGCCACUUAGAUACCUUGCUUUUGAAGCAUAGCAACCCGAGUAAAAAACAAUGCUCAUUAAACAGAAGAAAUUGCCUAUGUACUUCUAAAAGUAGUGGUCGAAAGAGUUGUCCAACAAACUUUUGUUGCUCUAUGUACAAUGCAAUUAUAGACGACCACUUUUAUGGACAACCAGAAUGGAAAAACACCGAAAUGCAACAAUGGGCUGGAGACUAUUGGGCUGUUGGAAAAUGUUACAUCAACAUAAAUAGUUACAAGGAAUGCGGAUCAGCCGAAGAGGUAGACAGCAGCGGUUUGUUACACAUCGUGCUGAACAACAAGUACCUCCGAAGCAUUGUAGAUGGAAGUGGAAGCAUUAACGACUUCAUUACGAUGAGAAACAUCCGAAAUGAAAUUCUGCAUUCACAUGAUAUGAGAGUGGAUGACAAUAGGCGAAUGGACAUACUACAACAUAUGAAAAAUAUAGUUACAUUUUUGAACAGCUUAGACAGUACAUAUGCUUCUGAAUGUGGAUCAUCUCUUCAAAACCUGCAACAGCUCAUGGAUCAUGAUCAUUCGAUCUCAACGCAAGCAGAAGUAAAUAGUCUUCGUCAUAACAUAGAGAUCCUCACGAAUGAAAAUCAGCAUAUCAAACAACAUCUUCUGGAUAAAGCGAUAGAAACACAGAAUAAAAGACUUCAGUAUUUGGUUAAAAAAGAAGAACUAAUAAAAACAAUUGAAGAAGAGUAUGAUCGCUGCUUGACCUCAGUGUCAUUGAUACCAAUGAUAAAGUCGCCAACAAAGAAGGUCGAUGAUGUUUAUGUUGAUCUAGAAAUGUAUGAAGGGAGGGACUCGCUAGAUGACAAAUUUGAACGUGGCUUCAAUAAUAUGGAAAAUGUUCUAUAUGGGAAAGGACAUCGACAUAAACUGAUUUACUUGCUAGGUGAUGCAGGUAUGGGAAAAACCACUUGGUGUAAAAAGGUCAUAAACACUUGGUUGUCUGUUCGUCGAAAAAUUAAAGUCGAGAACGAGGAUGACAAGUCGUGGAGUCCGGACGAAAAAGUAUUACGGCACAUCGACGUACUCCUUCAUGUUUCUUUGAGACAACACAAGGGAAGUAGCAAAGUAUUGGACAUGAUAUUGGGCCAGCCAUUGUUCAAAGAAUACGAAAAACAUGGUGACACAAUUGUGAAUAUACUUAGAGAAGAAGCUGACCGUUGUCUCAUAGUUCUUGAUGGACUGGAUGAAUGGAAUCAUGAAAACGAGGAUAUAUUCCCAGAGCCUGACCAGUUGCACGGUGCCACAGUUAUUGUCACAACGAGGCCUUACAGGAAACUCACGCUUGCCUGUAAAAACGAAUCUAGCAAAAUUGAUAAAAUUGUAAAAAUAAUGGGUGUAGAAAAUGUGCAAGUUCUUGCUGAACGUGUGAUUGAACAGUUGAAAUCAUAUUUCCCAAAACAGGAACAAUGCUCAGAGGAAGACUUUACCUUUCAAGAGUUUCGGAAAAAGGUUGAUGACCUUCCAGAUUUCGAUGUAACCAAAUCUGAAAAAGGCAGUUUCAUGCAGAAUAUUUUGAAAAAUCCGCUCAUGCUUACACUGAUGGUAUGUUUGUGGUACGAUGGGAAUGUUUUGUGCAAUACUGCAACACACGUCAUUGGAUCAAUGAUAGACUGGAUGAUACGAUAUGCUGAAACAUAUUCUGCCUUGUCAAGUAGAGAACAUUCGCGUUUCGAUAUGUCCAAGCUAAAAAGUAACUGGAGAGAAAGCCAAACAUGCUUACCAGAGAGCUUACGAAGCAUGGUUAAUUUUAGAGAUUAUGCUGGACUUAUUGUAAAGCUUUCUCGUCUGGCCUUUAGAUCAUUAUUUAAUAGGAACAAAAAAUCGACGCUUUUCUUUAAAAAAGAGGAUCUGUUUGAUUUUCUCUCUAAAGAAGAAAUUGAUGUUGCAUGCCAUUUAGGAAUCUUAUCUCAGGAUGAAAAAACUGGCAACCCUCUUUAUUCAAAGGUCGAAGUUCAGUUCCCCCAUAAAAUGUUCCACGAGUAUUUAGCUGGAUGCCACAUGAUAUUCGAAAUGCAAGGCGAGUCGAUGACUGAUAUUAAUGUAAUAGGAGAAUAUCUGACUGACCCAUCAUUGCUAUCAAAUAAAGAGAAUGCUUUGCUUUUUGCAGGAAGUAUAGAUCCUAGGACUGGAUUUAAACUGAGCAAACAUUUUUCAAAGUUGGUGCCUGAAGAAACGUACAGGCUUCAUAUUGACUAUAUGAAUGAUUUAUUUCUCAGACAAGUUCAUGUUAUUCAUACUAGCCAUCCCGACAUGCCGAGCCCUGAGUUACCUAUUGUUACGGACAAAAUCUACGUCCCAUCAUCAUUGCAUAAGGGGAAAUGGUGUGAUCUCAAGAGACUUUUCCAUUGCAAUUUUGACAAUAUACAAGAAGUGCAAAUCCAUGUCUCACAAAGAAAUGCGUUUUCACUUUUGGAAGAAAUUCGCAGGCCUUUCAGCUUGACGUUGUUGGGAUUAAACUCUUAUAAUGACUCUAAGAAAGACAAUGAAGCUAAUUUCGAUCCUUUAUGUAUUAAUUGUCGUUACAUAACCGACGUGGUGCUUUCGGGAAUUGAAUUGGAGGCAAGUUCCUGUAAUCCGGCAAGAUUCAGCGAUCGUGAUACGUACAGGGUAGUCUUGAAUGAAGUUAAUAAUCAAACGCUGAAGUUGAAAAAAUUGAAAAAUUUAGAUUUGACCAUCCAAAUUAAAGUCAGCGAAGGCCAAGCGUUGGAAGCGAGCGAUAUAUUUCACACAGUUGUGAUACACGGAUGCGAGAGUUCUUCCGUACUUAUCAUCAUUUUAACGAAGACAGAAGAACCAGAUGAAGUAAAACAGAAAGUGAAAGAUUAUUUUAAUGCAUGUGUGUCCUAUAUAAUGUGUCACGACUGUACAUUUACUGUACGAUUAGAAAACUGCUGACAAAAGUAAAAGUCUCUGACGUUCCAAUGUUUCUGAACACCAUCACAUGAAAGCGAAACAAUCUAAUUGCGAAAUGAUGGUUGCGAUAAAGAAUACUUCAAACAUAAAAAGGGAGUACAACAAGUUUGACUACAAACUCGUUUUCCUUGUGUGUUUUUUUCAAUAGAAGCAUAAUAGCAUGCGAAUAAGGUAAAUAAAAAAAUCGCAAUUUGA